CGGGCGAGGAAAUGACCUAAGAGGAAACCUGGGGCGGUGUCGGCGCGGCGGGUCCGGGGCGCCGCGGUGAUGGCGCUGCGUUCCGCGGUCCGCCCUGCGCAGCCUCGGAGGCUGGAGGAGCAAGGGGCGGCCCGGCAGGGGCUGCUGCUAGCACAUCUGUUCCCCUGAUUCUUGCUGUUGGAGGAAGCCAGUCAUGGGGGAAACAGGCAAAGAAGAGUAUAAAAUACAGUCGUUUGACAUUGAGACUCAGAAGCUGCUGAAAACAGCACUCAAAGGUAUCUUGGAGCAAGCAAGGCACAAGAAAUAUUGGAUCCAGACAGUAUUUCUCCCCUCUACAGACCCCAGCAAUGUGGACCUGGACAAAGUGGCCAAUGUUAUAGUUGACCAGUCCCUCAAAGACUGUGUGUUCAGCAAAGAGGCAGGGCGCAUCUGCUACACCAUCAUCCAGGCAGAGAGCAAACAGGUCGGCCAGAGCAUCUUCCGGAGGAGCCUGCUGAACCGGCUGCAGCAGGAGUACAAGGACAGAGAGGAUUUGCGCAACCGGUCGCUGCAGGCGUGGAUCUGCUACGUCACAUUCAUCUGCAACAUCUUUGACUACCUGAAGGUGAACAACAUGCCCAUGAUGGCUUUGGUGAACCCUGUUUACGACUGUCUGUUCCGACUAGCACAGCAUGAUAGCCUGCAGAAGGAAGAAGAGGUGGACUGCUUGGUCCUACAGCUCCACCGCAUUGGUGAACAGCUGGAGAAGAUGAACUCCCAGCGGAUGGAUGAGCUCUUCUCACUCCUUCGAGAUGGCUUCCUUUUACAGGAGGGGCUCAGCUCCCUGUCACAGCUCCUGCUGCUGGAGAUCAUUGAGUUUCGGGCUGCUGACUGGAAGAUGACAGAUGCUGCCCAGAAAUAUUAUUAUAGCGAAGUGACAGAUUAAGCCCUCUACAGCAGAGGUGGAGAGAUGUCCACAGCACUUUCACCAGCAAGCUUCAUACCAAGUUUGAAUUUCUUUUCUUUUUUUAAGCACUUCUUGUAAAUAGGAUUUAUCCUGGCUAAAGCCUCUGGGUAUUUAACUGUCAUCUAUCAGUCUGUGACCGGUGCUAGCCUGAUUUUGGAUAUUUAGGCAGGGGGGCACACUGAAACCAGCAAGUUCUUCCACUCAUUUUGUUUAAUGAUGGUCUGCUGCCAGCAGAAGGCAAGGAAGGCUUAAACCAGCAUUUUAUACAAGUAUUAAGGAAAGCUGAGAGCAUGGUGGUUGAGCCAAGAGCCAACACUGCUGAGGGAGGCAAAGGAGAAAUAUUUCACAGCUCACAGUCCCAGACCAGGUUGUUUAGGAAAAGUUAUAGAAAACACUGUGGUCAGAUACAUCACAAAUAGCUCGCCAAAUUGCUGCUUUCCACUGAUUACUUCCAGUCUCUGCAUAGGUGUAUGACUGUGGGUUAUUAGCUACCAAUAUCUGCUGGCAUCUUCAGCAGGAUAAGGGUUCUUGAGCACAUGUAGCUAGAAACAAGUUUUUUUAAUAUGUUUUAUACAGUAACUGUUCUGGGUCUUUUCAAAAUCUAUUAAGGUUCAAGUAUGGUAUGUUUGUAUAUGGUAUGAGAAUAAGAAUGGGGAAGGAAGAAAGAAAACAAAAUAGUCUAUUGGGUGUCUUUUGUAAUAAAAGUUUUCCACUAA